UGAUUGGCGACCGUGUGGGGAUUACCGACGUUUGAAUAACGCCACUGUUCCAGAUCGUUAUCCCAUUCCCCACUUGCAUGAUUUCUCUCUAACACUGCAAGGUAAAACUAUUUUCUCCAAAGUGGAUUUAGUCAGAGCUUAUCACCAGAUACCAGUUGCUCCAGAGGACAUCGAGAAGACAGCCAUUAUAACACCUUUUGGCUUGUUUGAAUUCCUACGAAUGCCUUUCGGGCUGAAAAACGCUGCACAAACUUUUCAGCGCUUCAUGGAUCAAGUCACGCGGGGCCUUGACUUUGUAUUCGUUUAUAUCGACGACGUACUAAUUGCUAGCAAGUCGGAAGAGGAACAUAAGAAUCAUCUUAGCACUUUGUUUCAGCGUUUCGAACAGUAUGGUGUCGCGAUAAAUCCUAAGAAGUGCAUUUUCGGUGCCUCUUCUAUUCAAUUUCUGGGACACUACAUAACUGCCGAGGGAAUCAGGCCUACUGAGGAAAAGAUAGAUACAAUCAAAAACUUCCCCCAACCAGACUCUUUGAAGAAAGUCCGACAAUUUUUGGGGAUGUUUAAUUUCUAUCGACGUUUUAUUCCUUCGUGUGCCUCUAUCGUCCAGCCUUUAACCGAUCUCCUUAAAAGUGAUCCUAAAAAAUUUCAAUGGUCAGAGCAAGCACACGAAUCUUUCUGCAACGCGAAAGACGCUUUAUCUAAAGUCGCUAUGUUGUCUCACAUCAACCCCGACGCAUCUCUUAUCUUGUGUACAGAUGCCUCCCAAGUAGCUGUGGGCGCGGUGUUACAGCAGAAGAUUAAUGGUGACGUUACCCCACUUGCUUUCUUUUCGAAGAGGUUAGAACCGGCUCAGACAAGAUACAGUACUUUUGGGAGAGAAUUGUUGGCUAUAUACCUAGCAGUCAAACACUUCAGUUACUUACUACAGGGUCGUCAUUUCACUAUUUUUACCGACCACAAACCUCUGUGCUAUGCUUUCACCACUUCGCUGGAUAAACACUCCCCAAGAGAAGCCAGACAGUUAGACUAUAUCUCCCAAUUUUCAACUGACAUACAGUACAUCAAAGGGGACGCAAACGUGGUAGCUGAUUCUCUUUCAAGAGGUGGUAUACACCAGCUUGAAACUUCAGUAGACGUCAGUCUUGACCGCAUGGCUCAGUUACAAAGAGACGACGCAGAACUUCGAAGUUGUCGUGGAAACUCUUCCUUACAGCUCAGGGACGUACCUAUUCUCUUGUCAGAUGCCACUAUAGUUUGUGAUGUAUCUACCGGCACUAAUCGCCCGUUCGUUCCUCUCCAAUGCCGAAAAGCCUUGUUCGACCACUUACAUUCGCUCUCUCACCCUGGAGUACGUGCCACCGUCAGACUCAUCAGCGAACGUUUCGUGUGGCCUAAAAUGAACUCUGACAUUCGGAGAUGGGCACGAGAAUGUCUCCAAUGCCAACGCUCCAAAGUACAUCGCCACACUAUCACAACGCCGAAAGCGUUUGAUUUACCGGACAGGAGAUUUCAGCACGUUCAUAUAGAUAUCAUAGGACCAUUGCCAACGUCAAGAGGAUAUACACAUAUCCUGACAGCCAUUGAUAGAUUUACUCGUUGGGCUAUUGCAUGCCCCCUGAACGAUAUAUCUGCCGAAAAUGUUGCUUUGGUCUUCCUCGACCGCUGGGUGUCAAAUUACGGUGUACCAACUACUAUUACAUCCGAUCGAGGUGCUCAAUUCCAAUCGACGCUGUUUCGUGAACUGACGAGACUCCUGGGAGUUAAACAUAUCUCCACAACAGCCUACCAUCCGGCAGCGAAUGGUCUUGUGGAAAGAUUUCACAGACAACUGAAAAGCUCCCUGAUGGCACAGAAUGAUGCAUCUAAAUGGAGUGAAUACUUACCUCUGAUUUUACUUAGCAUACGAUCAACUGUUAAAGAGGACCUUGGUUGUACACCCGCACAACUAGUUUACGGCACUACUUUAACACUGCCAGGACAGCUAGUAGCCUCUCAUGACUCUCAAAAUGUGAAUAUUUCUGAGUUUUCUGAUCAACUGACCAGACGAAUGUCACAGCUUCAACCAAUAGCUCCGAGACAAUGUCCCCGCAGAGAAAACCUAAGUAGCCAUCUACAAACCUGUAAAUUUGUCUUUAUACGGAUUGACAACGUCAGGAAAGGGCUACAACCUCCAUAUGAAGGCCCAUACCCAGUAGUGCAUCGCGCGGAAAAAUAUUUCACAGUGAGCAAAGAAGGCAAAAAGAUGACGGUCUCCGUGGAUAGACUCAAACCUGCCUACACAGAUGCCGACGACAUCCCAACAGCGACUUCAGCAGACAAACUAGAAACCGCCAAAGCUCCAGAGGUGCCAAUAAUGCUACCUCCCCCUUGCAUUACUCGUAGUGGCAGACAGGUUAAUAAACCUGCCCGUUUUGUACACUUUACUGAUUAAUAUCUUUAAGGUUGUAACAAUUUUUUUUUACGUAUACAUCAUUGAUUAUUGUUGUUAAUUAUUGACUUACGUAGUUUAUUUGUGUCAGAUACGACAUCAUUUUUUGUGCCGAAGCAUUGCUAUUUUUUUUUUACUACCUCAGUACUGUAUAUGUGUAUAUAUGUAUUCACAAUUGUUCUCCCAUAAUUACUACUAUAUUGGUUAGCGUUUUAACGGACAUUAUCCUUA